AUGGCCGAACACAUUGAUUCUAAUCGACUUAAUAGUGAUCUUCGUUAUCGUUUUGAGUACGUAUCAAAAUUUUUAAAUUUUACAUUGGAUGAUAUUGCUAUGCUUAAUACAUUUGCACCCAUUAUUUUUCCAAUUGUUCCUGUUAUUACUGAUACUGUUUAUAGAAAAUUAUUUUCAUUUGAUAUAACAAAACAUUAUUUUCUUAUUCGUAAUGAAGGUUUUGAAGGUUUUUUACCAAAAACAACUUCUGGUAUUACAUUAGAUUCACCUCAAAUGGAACUACGAAAAGAUAUGUUAAGCGUGUAUUUAAAACGUGUAUUAACACAACGUGAGUGGAAUGAUACAUUUCUUCAAUAUUUAUCUCAAGUUGGAAAAAUGCAUACAAAUGGAGCCGGUUCAGCAUCAAUUAAUGUUGAUUAUAUACAUAUAAAUGCAUUACUUGGUUAUUUAGAACAUUUACUUAUUGAUGUUUUAUGGAGUGCAGAUAGUAUUGAUGAUAAAACACGACAAUCAAUUGUAAUGGCAAUAAAUAAAUUUUUUUGGAUACAAAAUGAUUUUUUUACAAUGCAUUAUUUAGCAUCAUGGAAAGAAAGUUCAACAUCAAAUGAAACAUCAAUGAAAAAAAAUAAAUAUUGUUGUAUAUAA